AUGCGUCAUUCGCACAGAAUUAUACGCCUCCUAGCGAGACUUCGAGAACGUGGCAUCGACCACCAAGAAACAGACGGCUGUGCUGCUCCUCCAGAGGCUUUGAUGCAUGACAGAGCCGCCUCCGUUCCGACCCUUGUCAUUUCACCACGAAGCGAAUGGGGACUGGGUCAGACACUUAACUUGCUGAAAGAGUUGGAUAUAUAUAGAUAUAUCCCAAUCUCAGUAAAAAGUGGUGGCCAUGGUUAUUUCAACGGCGCUACUUGCAAAGGUAUAAUGCUGAACCUUACUAGGAUGGAUAAGCAGCAUAUCUCCGAAGAAGUAUUGUUUAUCCAGCCUGGAUGCGUUCUGGGCCAGUUGAUUGACCUACUGGCAAAGCAUCGCAAAGCUGUGCCCCAUGGUGAUUGCUUUGGCGUCGGCGUAGGGGGCCAUUUUCUUACAGCUGGCUGGGACCCCCUCUUGGCUCGACGACAUGGGCUGGGAUGUCAGUCCGUCAUAGGCGGACGGGUGAUUUUAUGGGAUGGGGAAGUUAUAAAUGUGGAUGAAAAGAAUAACUCGUCCCUACUCCGAGCUAUGCGUGGAGGAGGAGCAGCCGGGGUCGGAGUUGUGACAGAACUGCGGCUGCGAGUAUUUGACGAGCCUCCAAGAGCAACAUGGUGCUUUGCACGUUUAAGCAAGGACCAGUUGUCCAUAUGCAGAGCACAUGAGAUAUUCUCUAAAGCAUGGAAUUUGCCACGCGAUAUUUCGGUAUCGUUCCGCUUUCAUUUCGACCCUUGUCAGCUUGAACCGAUCUGUUCUUUCAAUAUCUACAGCCUUCUAACUCCAGAUGAAACCAUCAGUCACCUCAAAGUACAUUUAGGAUUGGAAAUCACGUCGUAUUUUAUCGACAAAUCCAAGUGGACUGAGGGUCCCGUUAUCAGCUCUCGCCUUAUACCUGCUUCUAAGCUCUUGACUGCGAACCCGGGUAUGUUGGCUGAAAUGUCCUCGACAUCGUUGCAUAAAAGCCCGCUUCUAUAUUGGAAUGAACAAGUCGUGUUACGCGAAAUGGGAAGGUCGUAUUUCACCUCGGGCUCGCAUUGGAUUCGCCUUGACUGUGGUGCUAUGCUGGAGGAAUUAUAUGAACAAUUUGAGUCCGCUCAGGAUCAUCCAUCGAGAAACCGCCUGUAUACACUAGUUAUUUUAGGUGGCGGCCGCAUGCUGGAACUACAGGAAGAAUGCUCUAUGCCUCUUGGUAAGGCUUUGGCACGAUUCGAAGGCCAUUGGGAUGAAUCUUACGAAGAGAAGCGAUGGAUCCGGGCCUUCACAGAUAAACUGUCCCUGAUUAUUCGCAAUUGCGAGGAUAAAGUUCUCCAGCGCCCGUAUAGAGGCGACAUCUGGACUAUCGAACAAGCUGAAGACGCGAAACUCGAUGGCACACUGAAGACAUAUGAUCGACGUUUCACUUGA